UCUAGCUUCUCGGUGACACCGCCCUCCGGCCUAUUAUUCCUGGAAAUACCGUCGCCUGAACUUGGACCCUCCUGCCCGGACCGAGUCCACUGCCCUGGCGCCCUCCCCAGGUCGGGGCACGCUGGGUCAACCCACCGGCUGGAGCCCCCCCACCGUCGCCAUGGCGUGCCGUUUGCAGAAGCUGUUUGCGGUGGAAGAGGAGUUUGAAGAUGAGGAUUUCUUGUCUGCCGUGGAGGAUGCUGAGAACCAGUUUGCUGACUCCCCGCUGGUGAAGGCUGGGUGUCUGAGGCCAGCCUCUUCCAAGCCCCAGGACAGGAUGCCAGCCCAGUCCACCGGGUGGCAGAUGUCACACCCCAUGGUUCCUUCUGAGACUUCCAGUCGGCCAGCCCUGGGACUACGCCUCCCUACCUCUAGUAUGGCCAGGGCCGCUGCGACACCCCCUCCCACAGAGACAGCCCCCCGAAGGCCUGUCUCCACUUUCGGCUGUUGGGCUGGCAACCAGAGAAGAGGGAUUCUCACAGAAGCACCCAAAGAGUCAGCAAGACCUGGAGUCCCGGCCCCCGGCUCCCGGCCCCCCUUGGAGAGUCGACAGCAGGCGGCUGGUGGUUUGGAGGGGCCUGACCACGAUGACUUUGAUACGGUCCUGGCAAACAUGGAGCUAGAGGGGCCUGACAUGGAACUUGGGGUUCGCCAUGAGGCCACGGGAGCCUUGCCCACCUGGCAGGGGGAGGACCCUGUCUCGGCCAAGAAAGCACGCGUGGCCGAGUUGGACCAACCUUGCCCCCGAGGGCCUGCUCAGGCCUUCCACAGCAGACACCAAGGCUAUGUUUCUAGCCAGGGCCAGAGGCCAGACCUACCGGUCCAUUGCAGGGCUCCACAGCGCCCCUUGAGGCCUGGGGCCCCUGGGAACCCUCCUACCCCAAUGGUUUCCACAGUGCCCACACAACAGUGCCGCCUUCUCCAAGCAGCCCAUCCCCUCCAGUCUGCUAGAGGGCCCGGGCCCUGCAGCCCCCAGGCCCUGCUCUCCCGUCAGCCACUCCAGGCCCUGGGUGUUUGGCAUGGGGGCAAGCCUGGAUGUCCUGGACCACAAGCUCCCCAACCAGGCUGUCCCGCUAUGCCAAGCGCUCGCUCUGGCUUCCGGCCCCAAGCUCCAGGGCCUUCUCCUGAGGCUCCUGUCUGCACCCCAAAGGGCCCACAUUCCUCCUUGGUGCCUCAAGCAGCUCUGCAGACCCCCAUGGUCACCAACCACCUGGUACAGCUGGUUACCGCUGCCAGCCGGACACCCCAGCCACCCACUCGCACUGCCAUGAGAACCAGAGCCCGCCGCUUCCCGGGCCCGGCAGGGCUCCUGCCACACCAGCACAGCGGGAGGAAUCUGGCGGAGAUCAUGGUGUCCACGCCCCCCACGCCGACUCAUGGGGCCCUGGCUAAAUUCCGGACCAAGGUGGGUGCUGGUUCCCAGGCCUCGUCAUCAGAGGAGGAUUUCGGGCGAGGGCCCUGGCUGGCCAUGAAGUCGUCGCUGGGCCUGGAUGAGAGCGACCCCGGCUGCUUCCUCUGUACCUACAGCAUCAUCAUGGUGCUGCGGAAGGCCGCCCUGAGGCAGCUGCCCAGGAACAGGGUCCCCAGAAUGGCAGUGAUGGUCAAGUCCCUGACCCGGAGCACCAUGGACGCCAGUGUGGUUUUCAAGGACCCCACGGGGGAGAUGCCGGGGACGGUGCACAGGGUGCUGCUGGAGACUCGCCAGAAUGAGCUGAGGCCAGGCUCCGUGCUGCUCCUGAAGCAGAUCGGGGUGUUUUCCCCUUCGCUGCGGAAUCACUACCUCAACGUGACGCCCAGCAACCUGGUCUGUAUUUACAGCCCUGACUCAGGGGACGGGCACUUCCUCAAGCCAUCUCCCCCCGGAGCUCAGGACUCUGGAAAUGACCAGCAGGAUAUGGAUGCGAAGUCUGAAACAGCCCCAGACCCAGAGGCAGGCACGUCCCUCGAGGAAGAACUCUCAGAAGCAGAUGACCUGGACGGGCUCCUGAGCGAGCUCCCGGAGGACUUCUUCUCGGGGGACCAGUAGUUGGGACCGCCCCCAGGCAGAGCACCCACCUGGAGCAGCAGUUGGGCAGUGCCCAGGCAAGGCCCCUCAAGGCGCCUGAUCACGUCCAAGGGAUAGGACG